ACAAUCAUACAGUGGGCUUUACUAUCAAGUCUUAAAGGCAGUGGCGAAUUCUCAGGGCCAGCAAAGCCUUCUCUGCUGGCCUAACAUGCCAAAUAAUAAAUAUUUUUCAUCCUUUCAUUCUCAUUGACCUUUGUGCCUAUGUAUUUUUAAUUGCUUUCCACUCUUCAUUAAUCUACAAACAAAUAAAGAAAAACGAAAAGUUUAUCCAUACAGAAUUUAUUCCUUGAUGCUUACAAGCACAGUGUGACAACUGUUUCACAAAUCGCAUGCCCGAAGCAGCAUGUGAGUCUGAGCUCCACCCCCUCAGGCCUUCAGAAUUUCUUCAGAAUCCCUCAACAGUGCAAAUGAAUGGGCAACUAAAGUCAGAUUGUCAGAUUCAUCAGCCAAUCAGAUUGAUUUAUUUGUUCUUGGUGGGUGUGAUCUUUAGGAUAUGUCCCGGUUGAGGCCUUCUAGCUGGCCUUGAGUGACGCAAUCACACGUGAAGAGCGUGAGAUCUUGCUGACGAGUCGGCUUUCAUCACUGCUGGUAUUGCCGUUGAGAAAGAGAUCCUUAUGUAUUUAAAAACACGAGAUGUUCUGCAUGACCGUGUGAUUGCUUAAUUUAUUAAACAGGAAAGGAGGACUGGUUUUCACUUCAAGCAAAUUGGUAAGUGCUUUUUGCAUUGUUAUAGCAACAUCAGGAGUUUUCUAAGUGUAAAUUAGGCUGCUUGAGAAUUCAGUGUCGAAUCAAGUUUUGAAAAGUAGUGCUGCGUUCCAUUCAACUCGGAAAGUGGGAUUUUACAACUUCCUACUAGGAAAGUGCAAAGAAAUUCAUCUUGAAUUCAGAAUUACAACUUGUAGGCUUGAGCAGAAAUUCUCAACUCCGAUUUCGCCGAGAUGCAGGGGCAUGAUGUCACACAAACAUGUCGACACUCAGGGAGAUAUACAAAGUAAGUGAUAAACAUUCACUUUAUUAAGUAAUAUCGAUAAAUGAGUUCGUUUUCACAUUACAUGAUAUCAAAGCUUGUUUAACAAUCGCCUGCAGAAACAGGUGUAUAAAACCUGGUAAAUUAUAAUCUCUUUUGAUAAUCGUACACCUGAAGCACAAAUGCUAGUGCUGCAGCAUUGUUUAUCAGUUGGGUUGCUAGGAGAUAUCUCUAAAGAGAGUCAAACCCCUGUUAAGCUAACGGGAGCAUUGCAGUUCCGAAUAUCAGGGAAUGGAAUGCAUUUAUGAUCGGAGAUAUCAAGUAGGAAUAUCCCUCAUCCAGCUUGAAUCGAACAGCAUAAUCUUGAACCGACGAAACAACAUUUAUUGCAAGCAAUAUUUAAAUUGCAAAUAUUAUUAGAUAGAUUUUCCAGGUAUUAUAGACCUCCUUGGUAGAUUCAUAUGAAAAAUUAUGAUUUUUGAAUGUCUGUUCGAAAGACAUUCAUUUCACAAAACAGUCAUGCUGCAGUUAAAAUUAGGCUUGCUUGAGCAUUAAGUGUCAUUUCAAGUUCUGGCUUUUGUGCGUGGACGUGUUUUAAAAUGUCAGUUGGUAUUACUAGUUAGCUGCGACAUAAUGUAUGAUGCUCAAAGGCAUAGGGUGUCUUAUUCAUUGUGAAACUGUGCUUAAAGGAGAAGCAGCACCAAAACCGAGCGUUUCUGACAGAUGGUCAGAAUGAGGGUGGAAAAUGAUCAUGUUUUACCAAUUUACAACUGUCGUUUGUCCAAAAAACUUUACUAAUAUUAUAAGUAAAUCUCAAGGAACAUAUUAAAAUAAUAAAAAAGGCAUGUCAGACCCCUUUAAUAUAUGUCAGUUUGAGGUCUCUCUCCUGGGUGUCUGGUUGGGAGAUGUCUCACAGUUCCCUUGUGAAAGAGAGAUCACGCAAAUGUCUAGGCCUGUUGGAAUUAGGAAGGAAGUUUACUUCUUCCUCACAUUGUGGGCUCCAGGAAGGGGUGGCCUUCACCCACUGACAGACUUUUCCUUUAGAGCAGCCCACAGUGCCCUUCUCACAGACUGGGUGAAUAUUUCCUCAUUAGCUUAGCUGCUGUCAAGACAAUUUGAGUUCCACAAAGUCCUCCUCCUGUUAGAGAACGCAUUUUUAUAGGUAUAGCUGUUAUCAUGGCAACCAGUGCAGUCCCUAGCGACAACCUCCCAACAUACAAAUUGGUGGUUGUGGGAGAUGGAGGCGUGGGAAAGAGUGCUCUUACCAUCCAGUUUUUUCAGAAGAUUUUUGUGCCAGACUAUGAUCCUACUAUUGAAGACUCCUACUUGAAACACACAGAGAUUGAUGGCCAGUGGGCGAUUUUGGAUGUUUUAGACACAGCAGGUCAAGAGGAAUUCAGUGCCAUGCGAGAGCAGUACAUGAGGACUGGCGAUGGUUUUCUCAUUGUGUUCUCUGUGACGGACAAGGCCAGCUUUGAACACGUUGACCGCUUUCACCAGCUCAUUCUACGAGUGAAAGACCGGGAGUCUUUCCCCAUUGUCUUGGUGGCCAACAAAGUGGACCUGGUGCAUCUGAGGAAAGUGACAAAUGAACAGGGUUGUGAGAUGGCAGCCAAACACAGUAUUACCUACAUUGAAACAAGUGCCAAGGAUCCACCAAUGAAUGUGGACAGAGCCUUUCAUGAACUGGUCAGAGUUAUCAGACAACAAAAUCCAGAGCGGAGUCUGAAAAAAAAGAAAAAGACGAAGUGGCGUGGAGACAGAGCCAUGAAUUCUCACAAGCUUCACUGUGUGAUGUUGUGACUACCUCUCCUGUCGAAAUCAUCAGCGUUCGGCAUGAUAAACUGCCACAGAACACUGAAUGGAGAUCUGCACUAAUGGGAGGACCACAGACUUUGAGUAUCAAAGACCUCACAUGAAGUCAGACAAUCUCUUCCUGUCUCAGGGAGGCAUAUUAGGAGAGUCAAGGGAUCACUGCACUCAAUGAGGAGCUAACUGAACUUCCUGAAGUAGACACUGUGUCCUAACCAGCCGGGAUGCAUCAAGUAAUUUACCUGUCCUCGCUGAAAGCAAAAAUGCUGCACGAAGCAACAAAAUCACAGCCAAGCAGAACCUGACUGAUGUUUAAAAUACAACUAUGUUAAGCAGGAUUUUGGACCAAUGUGAUAUCACUGUGGGCGGCCCAGUGAGACUGACAAAAUGUUGCACAUUGCUUUUUGCAGAUGGGGCCAGUUGAUAAAAACUUGGCUUGUGUGGAAUCCUACAUUUAUACAGAGAAUUUACAUUUACAUUUACAUUUAUUCAUUUGGCAGACGCUUUUAUUCAAAGCGACUUACAAAAGAGGAAAACAUAAGCAAAUCAUCUUAAGGAGACAGUGGAAUGAAAAGUGCCAUAUUACAAAGUUUCACUAGCACCAGAAUAGCAUUCAAAACAGAGUAAAUAGUUGGAGGUGCCAAGUCGCUUCACUGCUGGUCGCUAGUAGGUGUUCCUACUGGAAACAGUAUCCAACUGUAUCAGUAGGCGGAUCACAUGUGCUCCACACUCCUCAUUUCCAUUGGUAGUCCCUGCAUCAUGUUGCUACUCAUUUAAAUUAGUUAACCUGCUCAACUUUGUUGCAUUUCCAAUGGUCACUGUCACUUGUGCUGCCUCAAAUCGCCAACUCUCAAAAAUGAACGACUUUCAAUCACUUUGUCACUGCAGAUUGUUGUUUGUGUGAAUGUACCUUAGGACACGUUGUGAGAAUUUGCACAUGGACAGUGUUAACAUUCCACAUAGAAUAGGGAUAUUUGUUUAACGAUCAAGGAGUUCCAUUUGAAAGAUUAAAAUCUGUCUUAAUAUUGAAUAUUAAUUGCCAUUUUUGUAGAAAUAUGUAGGAUGAGUAUAGGUAGUGGAGCUUAUUUAUGAUGAGGACACUUUUAGUGUCAUUUACGUCCUAAAAAAGACUUUUACUGUUUAGCACAAGAAGUACUGACAUACAAGUACAUGACAGUCCCAUUGCACUAGCGCACAAAUCCAAAUCUUUUUGCACUUUUUCAGUAGGGGAUGGUAUGAAUGUUUUGGAUUGUGUUGCACACUUAAAGGUGCUGUAAGCAAUGUUUUGUAAUUACAUGUAUUAAAUGUCCCUUCCCCCUGACAGAUAUUACUGAAAUUGGUGUCCUGAGAUUUUAUAAUGCAGUUUUAAUCAAGCUAUGAGUUUCUGUGUAGUCGAGCUAAAAUCCUCACCUGACUAUCCAAACAUACAUGACACAAUGCAAAAUCGAAUAUUUCAAGGACGACAAAUACAGCGGGUUAAAUACGCAGGUUUCUUUGUAGACACGUGGGAGUGGCCCACGCAUUUUUUUUUAGCCAUUUACAAAACUACCCAAAUGAUUCAACCCUCUCUGCCUGAAUUAUUUGGCAUAUUUGGAUUUGCUGGCAUGUCUUUUUGGAGAGCGUGGUUUUGGAGAGAGUAUGUGUAGUGAAGUUAGCAAUGUGUUGGAAGCCUUUAAUUUAAAGCUUCUGUUGCAUACAAUGGAAGUGAAGGUUAGAGAGAAAUAGUGUGAUUUAGAUGGAUAGAUGGGCUAGAUUUUAUGCUUGAUCAGCCUUCAUUAUUCACCAGUUUUCCAAACCUCCUGUGCCUCAGAUUCCUUUUUGUUGAACCAAUUAAUGUGCCUGUGCCUGCAUGAUAAAUAGUCAAUUUCUUAGCCACUUGUUCUAACCAUUCCCAAAGGACAGACCUGUAGAAACUGAUCCAGUCUGCCAUUAAAGCCAUUGGAACUUAAAGCUAAAUUAUUUGUUGUAAUGUACAGUACAGCUUUGCUCUGCUAAGUUUUUCUUUAUUUUGACACAUCAUUAUGUAAUUCAGUAAGGGACAAUGUAUCAAACCUUUCUGUGACCUUUUCAGUUGAAUUGAGACCAAGUAUUGUUCCAUUUUCGGCAUCAAGUUUAGAUAGUUCAUAUCCCGAAUCUCUGUUACAAUUACUUUAACUGUGACAGGUGACAUUGUUUGUUAGAAAUCACAGUGUGGAGAUGAAUUUGCACAGGUGGACACAUUGAAUUUCCACAGCAAACAAGUCACUCAAAGCCCUUUACAUCUUUCAUGGUGUUAAACAUAAAUAUAAUCUCUAUGUGAAAUAAAAGUUUUCAAUUGCUUUUGAAUAAAAAAUUAAGCUUUA